AUGGGGUAUACUACAGCGUGGAAGCGGCUUUCGCCGCGGCAGCUAAACCUAGCUAUCCACACCUUCUCGCUGAUCUCGAUCUUCUUUGAGGGCUACGACCAGGGUGUCAUGGGCGGGGUAAAUGCAUCGCCCACUUACAUGAUCAUAAUGAAGACCGGUAUGCUCGAUGGCACAAUCACCAGCACCACACGUGAAGGAGGGAUUGUCAGUGUCUAUUAUCUAGGGGCUAUCUUUGGCUGCUUUGCUGGUGGGUGGCUCGCAGAUCGCAUCGGGCGUAUCAACGGCCUGUUGGCUGGAUCUAUGUUUGCUCUUGUAGGUGGCGCACUGCAAGCUGCUGCCCAGAACUCAAAUUUUAUGAUCUGUGCCCGAGUUGUGACGGGCAUUGGUACAGGUGCAUUGACCGGCAUCACCCCUGUCUUGGUUUCGGAAACUUCGUCUGCCGAUCAUCGGGGCGGUUUUCUUGGUUAUGUCUUUAUUGCGAAUUACCUUGGCAUAUCUCUCGCAUAUUGGAUCUCCUUUGGACUUGCUUUUGUGAAUGGUGGGUACUCGGACGUGCGAUGGCGAUUCCUGCUCGCUUUUCAGUGCCUUCCCGCUCUCUUUCUAGUAUGUUUCAUCAAGAUGUUGCCUGAUAGCCCCCGCUAUCUAGCCUCGGUUGGUCGGUCGGAAGAAGCGCGCGAGCUUUUAGUUCGGAUUCGCCAGGGCAAAGCCACCCCUGAACAAAUCGAGCGAGAGUACCUGGAGAUUGUUGUUACUGCCAAAAAAAGCCAACACAGUUCCCCUGUCCAAUUUGCAAAAAUCCUCUUGGGAAGGGGAGGAAGGCCAGGUACAAAUUUGGGCCGACGAGCAUGGUUAUGCAUAUGGCUUCAAAUUAUGGCCUCGUGGACCGGCAUUACUGCGGUGACUGCUUAUUCCCCCGUUCUGCUGAAGCAGGCAGGUUACAGCGAUAUUAAGCAGGACGGCCUUGCAGGAGGUAUCAACACAAUCGGCAUUCUCGGUACUAUCAUCAGCGCUCAAAUUAUCGACCGGCUGGGCCGGCGAACUUGUUUAAUGGGUGGAGCUUUGGUGCUGUUUGCCGUAAAUUUAAUCGCCGGUUCCGUAUUCGAGGGCUCGCUCCAUGAUCCUGGGAAGGCGACCGAGUAUGCCCCGGGCGCAGUGACCAUGCUUUUCCUAUUUAAUCUGGGUUAUGCUGCAACUUGGGGUACUGUCGCCUUUUUGAUCCCCACAGAAAUCUUCCCAAGUGAACUACGAGCUCAGGGUAAUGGCUUUGGAAUCACCGGUUGGGCCAUUGGUGUUGGCAUGACGACUCUUGUGAACCCAAUCAUGUUCGGCACUCUGACUAGUCGUACAUACUUCCUUUUUGCGGGCCUGAACUUGCUUUGGGUCCCUAUAGUCUACCUCUUCUGCCCUGAAACUCGAAACCGGUCUCUCGAGUCUAUUGAAGCCCUUUUCUCAACUUCUAGCCCAUUCCACUCCAAGAUGGAAGAAGCUUACAAACUCCGCGGCGACGUCCUCGCGGAACAUGAUGUCGCCAGGAGCGAAACCUAUGAUACAGACAAGACCGAAGUUGCAUCCGCAUAA